AUGACAUUUAUUUCUCCAAAAGCUGCCCUCCCAAUAAGCAGCAAUGAAUUCUGGCAGAUGUUCACAAAAUGUUCGCCUCCUUCGGGGUGGAAUCCCAAGCUUCAAAUCGCCGUAGGAAACUCUGGAGGCCCAGAUUCGACAUGUUUACUUUUCCUUAUCAACCGUCUUCUCAACGAACGCAAAUCCAGCCGUGACUCUGCCAAACUCCCUCCGUCCGUCGUCUCGUUAACCGUCGACCAUGGCCUCCAGGAGGCUUCCGCUACCAUGGCCGCACACUCCGCCAACACCGCUGCAUCUCUAGGCGUCAAGCACCACUCCCUACCCAUUCCGUGGUCAACAUCGCCCUUUCCCCCCAAACCGCUCGCAGCCUUUGAAGAAACAGCGCGCGACGCCAGGUUUCACGUCCUUUUCCAAGCCAUGACCCGUACCGGGGCAAACGUCCUCGCGUUUGGUCAUCACGCCGACGAUCAGGUCGAGACAUCACUCAUGCGUCUUGCUCGUGGGACGACAGAGGUUGGCGCUGCGGGCAUGCGACGUUGUCGGCGGUGGGGUAUGGGUAUAGGUGCGGAAGAAGGCGAGCUGGGUUGGGCUGGGCUGGAAGGGAUGAACAGGUGGAUCGUAAGGCCAUUGCUAGAAGUUCGAAAGGAUAGAAUAUUGGCCACUUGCCAUGAACAUGGGUUAGAGUAUGUUACAGACCAAACCAAUUUUCAGCCUGAAAUCACUCUUCGCAACGCCAUUCGGCGUAUGCUUGCAGAAGAAGAAGCUACAGGAAAGGAUACAAAGCUAGAACUUGACCAAGCCCCUCAAGAAAUGCCACCAGAAUUUAAGGAGGCUCUGCAGAAAGUAAAGAGUGCGUCCGCGAAUUUCCAGACAACCAUCUUGGAUAUAUCAGGAGGAAAAGAACAACUGCGAGGUGCUGUCAAGUACCUUUCCUCGCAUGUGGAAGAUAUCGACCAUCAAGCUACUACUCACCUAAAACAACAAUCCCUCCAGUCUCCUAUAAGCACGUUUCUCCUCUCGACUCACAACCUGUCAAGCAUCACCGAUAACGCCAUUCAACGUGCCAUGGUCCUUCGCAUCAUGCGCUACGUCUCAUUCCACCCAUGGGGCUCCAUCCGAGCUGACGGGAAUCGCCGCAGGAGCAGUAUCGAGCGUAUCAUCAACGUUAUCUGGUCACGACAACCUUCGAAUACAAGACCAGCGUCCUUUACCGCAGGCGGCGGCGUGCUAUGGUCACCUACGAUUUUGGCACCGGACGGAAGACUGAAAAAGAUCGGGAACCGUACCCAAACGUAUCUCAUGAAACCCGGUGACAGGUUUGCAUGGCUAGCAUCGAGGCUGCCGGCAGUUCCUAUCCAGGCGUUUCGGGAGAGUAUCGAUGUCCUCCCUCCGCAGCUGAAUGUCGAUAUCACCCUUCCUCUCUUCGAGCUCCUGGAGCAGGUUAGUGCUGGGACGGCCAAGGAGCCAUUCCUUGACAUGUUGUAUGAUUGCCGUUUUUCGCUACGUUUCGAUGCAAGCAAGAUGCCCGAGAACGUUGCAACGGCACUAGCUAAUCAUACAGAGACAGGGCAAAGGCUUCGCGUUGUGCCUGAUAAGAGAUUCUAUUGGCCUCGAGUGAUGCUCCAGACACCAUUGCACCCCAAUCGAGUGCUGGCGACAUAUUCACCAAUCGCUCGGUCUCCAGUGGAAGAUAGGGAACAUUGGGUGACUAUGGAGUGGAUACGUUUGUUGGAUGCAACGUAA